CAACCUUAGUCGUUGGUGGCAUCUUCACGCGGUGAAACUUUCAUCCAGCUUCCUCAGUGUCAUCUUGACCAUCAAAAUGAACCAACCUCGAAGGUUCCAUCCGGUUGGUUCUAUUUGUGGCGGUUUUGCUGCAGUUGUUGUUACCAUUGGUGCUAUAGUGAAAUACGACGAUGCUGUUCGAAGUCCGGUUUUGGUUGCACUUUUGAUCAUGUGGCUAAUGUUCUCGAUUCUUCUAAUUGCUGGUAUCAAAAAGAAGAACCCAUCGUACCUGCUAGCUAGUCGUAUGUUGCUGAUUGCAUUCAGUUGGAUAAGCUUGACUGUCAUAAUUGGCAUAAUGGUUCAAGUUGUAGGCAAUCACAAAAACCACAAGUUUGGCCUGAAAGUGCGUCUUCUUUUAGCAUUUCUAGUGAAUUGUUCUUUUGGAGGAAUCUUCGCCUUAAGUCUGUGGAUAGUCAACGUUGUUAUAGCAUAUAUUGUAGACCUGCAACCAAAACCAUUGAGUCAACAACCAUUGAUGUUGAAAAACGAGGUCGUUUUUCCUCAAAGGAAGUAUUAAGUUUAUUAUAUUUUUCGAUGCUUUUCGAAUAAUCUUAAUUUUAAUGAAUAAAACUGUUCCAUCUCUGAAUAUCCCUUAAUUCAAUUGGCAUUUAUUAAUAAUAAGAUAAAAAUUACUUCAAUUUACUUAAAGGUGAAAUCCAACAACAAAUGGUAAAUUCUCUACCCAUAUGCUAGGAAAUCGAUAAGUAAGUUGAAUUAAAAGUAAUUAUAUUGUUA